AUGGCUGGCGACACGCUCGCCUGUUCCGAGACGGUCAGCACAGGCCGCUCGGUCGUCGCAUUGUGCGGUGCAUGCAACGGGCACACGAACGUCGGCCGCCGGCGGGCGCAGCCUCACGAUGUCUCUGUACGUAUCGCCGCGCGCAUGCAUCCCAGUCCGAGAUGCGCCGCCACCUUGCCCACGCGUCGCGCAACACGCGGUUCCCUUGCGUGCCCGCCUCAUGCCCCGCUCACAUCCCGCCGUCGCACGCACACCAGCCCCCCAGUCACACUCCCGCGCCACCGCACGCCCGCCGUCUCAGUUAUCGCGCGCGAACACGCCGAGUAA